AAAAGCAGAAAACAAUUUUCAAUAUCUAAUCUUCUACUUCUAUUUUAUUUCAUAGAAAAGAAUAGAUUUUUGCGAUAUUCUAUUUUUAUUUCGUAAAAUUUCGUGUUUAUGUGCAAAUACGAAUUAGAUCCACGCCGUAUUAAUUAGUAUAACGAAGUUAUCCAAACUUAAAUUUUGUUAAAUAUUGUAAACGAAAUGUUUUUUAUCAAGAUAUUUUAGUGUAUUAAGCUAUAUUUUGCAGAACUAAAUAAUCAUAAUGUUUGCAAGUCUAAAAAGCAAAAUUAAAGAAGAGACUGGAAGUGACAUUAGCAAGUUGACUAGUAGUUGGAGGAGUGGAGCUUUCUUGGGAAGAUUGUCUUUACGGGAUGAUUCGUCCACAACAAGCCCUUCAAGUUCUGGUGGACAAGGUGACACAACAUCAGAUUCUAUAUCACCUCAACUACAAACAUAUCUAAAUGAUAGAACUGGAGGACAAGUAGACCAAGUAGCUCUUCAUCAGCAGUAUACCACACAACUUGAAGAGAAAUUAAAAGACAGAGAUCUGUUCUGGGAGCAUAAAAUUGAGGAAUUGAAACUGUCCCUUGCAUCAGUACAAGGUGAAGAAGCAUCGGCAGCUCAAAACGUGGCUCGAACAGCACAGGCGGAGGCAGCUAAGGCUAUGUUAGAAAGAGACCAAUCCCAGAGACAUCUUAAUGACCUUAAAGCAAGAUUGGCGGCAGCAGAAAAUGCACAGGAUCGCCUUGAUACACUUAAUGAAGAGUUAGAGGAAUCUCGGCGAGCAUGGACACGUGAACGCGCAGAACUCACAGCGGCGUUAAGCGCUGCAGACGCCCGAACGCGAGACCUCGUUGAUGAAUUACAAGUCCUGAGAGCCGCCUUACCCACAACGCAUCCUGAACACCACAUUCAUGAUGAUGAUAAAGAUAUGCAUUUAACGGGUUGUGGUGACUAUGAUCGCGUGUGUCGUGAGAAAGCGGUUUUAACCCGCCAGCUGCAGGAAGCCAAAAUGGUCCUUGCUGAUGUUAAAACCUCUUGGAGUGCACAGAUUGCGUCGCUUGAGACUCAGGUGGCGCGUCUGUCUCGCCAAGCGGGAGAAGAAGGCGCAGAAAGAAGAAGAGUAGAGAACGAGAAAAGAGAUAUUCAGGAAAAUCUUCUAGAAUUAUCAGCUGAUCUUGAGAAAGCAAGACAGAACUUGGCCAAUAGUGAGGCUAAGGUGGUGCGUUUGAACGGCGAGGUGCAUUCAUUGGCAAUGGAAGUGAAGACACUGCGCAAUGCAGCAAGCGGGGCUACCGAUAAAACAAUGGAAUUAGAGACUCAAAUACAAGAGUUAACAGCUGAAAACAAAGAAUUGUCUGAUAUGUUGGAAGACAGUAGAGAGAUGGUCACGAUGUUAAGAGAAAAACUUGAGGAGUCACGUAAAAUUUGUGAUGAGCAAAAAGAAGAGGUGAAUCACCUCAAUUCGGUGAUGACUGAUAUGCAACAUGACUAUAUUGAUAUACAACGGAAGUUUGAUAAGGAAAGGCGAGAGAAAGAUGAAGCUCUACUGCGAAAUGCUCAUAUAUCGCAAAGUGUUGAGAAGAGUCUGUGCAAUGUCCGAUUUCUGGAGUCAGAGACAACGGACUUGAAAUCAAAAAUUACAGAGCUAGAGGGAAUUAUAUCGCAGCAUAAAGAGAAUCAAGCAUCGUGUAUGCUAAUAAAGGAAAAUGAAGAGGCGAGAAAUAAAGAAAUAGAGGAACUUAGACAGCGAAUAAAAAUAUUCACUGAAACUGAGGACGCGUUUAAGAAAACAAUUCAAGACUUAGAAGCUGAAAUCUGUGAUAGAAAUAAGAAAAUAAAAACUUUAGAUAAUAGAAUAUCGGAUAUGAAGAAAAUCCUUCAGCGUGAAGUGCAAAGCAGCAAGUCGGAUCUCACCACGGCCGAAGAACAGGAUAUAAGUAGACGGUAUUUAAAACACGUAGUGCUACGAUUUUUGACUGCGCGUGAGUUAGAAGCUCGACAGUUGACGCGUGCUCUGUCAGUGCUGUUACGAUUAUCUGCACACGAAGAGGCUCUGUUGAGGGCGGCUUUGCCCGCCCGGUCUGGUAUCUCUGCCUGGUUUCCUGCCCUUACGCCGUGAAUUGUAUCGUUUCUGUUAUAUAGAAAUUGUUAUCAAAAGGAAUAUUUUUUUUUAAAUUUAUUUAUGGUCGGAAACUGAGAAAUUGGUUAUCAAUGUUUUACUGUAGAUGCUGUUCACUUUGUGCACCGAAUUCUUUUGGAAUUUAGUCAUUACAAGUCAGUUCUUUCGUUUAGUACCAAAUAUGGCCCCGGAGUACUGCUUAGUUAUUGAAAUUCCAGUCAAAACCUAUGUCAAAUUUUAAUGCUCGUUUUGUUAGCGAUAUUAAUGAACAGACUGAAACCAGAAUGAUUACUUUUGAAACCAUAAUUAAAAUUAAAUUUUGGUUUUAUUAUCUGUGUGUUCUUAUCUCGUGUAUAUUGUAGAUAUUUAAUUUAAAAAUAUUUUGAAAAUAUCCACAUUAGAUUAAAAUGAUAGUUUUUCAAUUUCAGAGUACAAAUUCCGUAACCCAUUCCGUUGAAAAUGAAUGUUAUUUGAUUGACUUAUGGUUUAUUUUAUAAUUUCAGUGUCAAUGAUGCAUAUGUUUAUAAAGUACGUAAUUUUGUACCGAAUA